AUGGCACCGACCGACAUCCUCAAAGCUACCGGCAUCUGGGCAGGAGGGCUUCUCCUCGGUCUCGGCCUACCGUAUCUCCCGCACCUGUCUUCGUCUCGUCUCACGUCCUUCAUUGGCGACUUUCCGAUGCCAGAUUACCCGUUGGCCUUCCCAUUCUUCAAGAAUACCACAGAUUCCACUGCCGCCGACAACCUCAAGCAGUUCGUUUGCGACACUUCGCACACAUACAGGACAGAGCUCGUCAGUCUGGAGCCACUCAUCAUCUACAUCCACAACCUCGUCACGCCCAUCGAGAUCGAGUCCCUCCUCGAGACGGCCGAGCCGAGAUUCGCACCAUCCCAGGUGACCAAGUACGGCCGGCAGCAGCAAACCUCGGACCGGACCUCGAGUUCCGCAGGCUUGCCGCGCGAUGACCCAGCCGUCAAGUGUGUUCUGGCCCGGACACGGAAGUUCCUAGGUACGAUGCUACGCGAUGGGUGGGACGAGAUGGGGCCUCCCCAGUUGGUCAGGUAUAGCUCUGGGCAACGCUUUAACGUCCACCACGACUGGUUCGAGAUUCCUCAAUGGGCCCCAGACGGCAGCAUGCGCAGGUGGAACCGCGUGGCGAGCUUCUUUGCCAUUUUGCAAGACAACUGCACAGGCGGAGAGACUCACUUUCCGUAUGCUAAACCGAUCACGUUCCCUAGCCCUCGGGGCGAAGCCAUGUGGCAGGGUGAAGUAGCCCAAAAACAAGGCGAAGAAGCGGCAAAGCCACUGUGGAGAGAGCACGAGGAUGGUGGGCUUGCAUUCAGGCCUGUGGCUGGAAACGCGAUCUUCUGGGUGAACCUGCAAGCAAACGGGUCCGGCGACGCUCGAACCAACCACGCCGGUUUGCCCCUGGAGUCUGGGCGGAAGACGGCCAUGAACAUCUGGCCAAGGCAAUACUACCCCUAUGAGUGA